CCCGACUGGCACGAAACCCUUUUCGUGUGAUAUACGGGCGGACGUAGCCACGCGCCCCCUGUGGCCAACGAAUCCACAUAUAUGGCUGAAGAACCGUCGUUUCCGCCUGUAAUUUCUUCGCCUGUUCUGCGUGACACAAGCUACGACCCUGGCCCUUCCUCGCCCGCAGGCAGCAGCUACGAAUUACAUGACUUCCGCCAAAACGCAAGGAACAUAGCCACAGCCACACCCGAUGACGAGCGCGAUCUCUCAGAUCAUCCCACAGACAACUCUUCUCCAUCUCGCAAGAGAAGGAUGUCGCGCGCCCCGCUGUUGGUGCGAUCGUCCCCGGCGCAGGGCACAGGAUCCUAUGGAGGUUUGCCCAUACUUUCUUUGAGCCCCGAUCAAUCCGACGAGGAUCAUGUGAUCAGCGCACGUCAUGGGAAGAAGUCGGCGAAGAGUAAGCUUUCAAACGCGGUGUCAAACGCAUCACUCAGGAGCAACCACGGAUCAGCACGGAGCUCGCCCAUUCUCACAAAUUCGGCUUCAAGACGGCGACUGAGGGACGAGAGCGGUAGCAGUACGACUCUUAACGAAACUGGAGGACCGGGAGCGUCGCAAUUUGAAGCACGUUUCAACGCAAGUGCGUUGGAUCCCUCGAUAGCUGGAGUAGCACCUGUCCCUGGGAGCAACAAAUCGUCAGCAUCCAGCACCAACAUCGACAUUGACGAUGACGAUGACGACGAUGAACUUGACGACGCCUCCGACGACGACAGUCUGCAUGACCAAAAAGGCAACCCGUCUGACAACUCUCCCUAUGCGCAAGUCCGGGCUUCCGUCGCUGCGACCGACGACACCACCCUAUCCAUUGAUACACCGCGGAUGUGGAUCUUGUCUAUGAUAUUUGCUAUUGCUGGUUCUUCAACCAAUUUGUUUUUUUCCCUACGAUACCCUAGCGUCAGUCUCACUCCUAUUAUUGCGUUAUUGCUUGUCCAUCCUCUUGGUCUGUUUUGGGAUCAAGUCCUCAAACGACCAGAUGACCCCGAAGAAACCUUUGUUGAUGGCUGCCGAGCCAGCCUCGCUCUACCACCUAACACAUCUUGGACCCGUCGGUUCCGACUCUAUCUUGCAAAAGGCCGUUGGAACGAGAAAGAGCACUGUUGCGUCUAUGUCAGCAGUAACGUAUCUUUUGGAUUCGCAUUUGCUACAGAUGUUAUCGUCGAGCAAGUGAAAUUCUACCAUCAAGACUUAGGUAUCAUGUACCAGGUGUUACUGAUUCUGUCCACGCAAAUUCUUGGAUAUUCGCUUGCCGGACUCACAAGGCGGUACUUGGUCCGACCCAGCGGCAUGAUUUGGCCUAGCACGCUGGUGUCCACGGCUAUGUUCACAGCACUACACAAAGAGGAAAAUAAGCCUGCAGACGGAUGGACGAUUUCGCCCCGAAAGUUCUUCACGCGCGUGUUUUCUGGCUCCGUUGCAUUUUACUUUCUGCCCGGUCUGCUCUUCCCGGCUCUAAGUUACUUUAGCGUCAUAACUUGGUUUGCGCCCCAGAAUGUCGUUAUUGCCAAUCUUUUUGGAGUAUCUUCCGGCUUAGGUCUAUUUCCUGUAACGUUUGACUGGGCCCAGAUUGCGUACAUUGGAUCCCCCCUUGUCACACCAUUCUGGGCUGCUCUCAAUAUUCUUGGUGGGCUCGUGCUUGUUAUGUGGAUCGCAGCACCUAUCAUGUACUACACAAAUGUCAUGUACUCUUCGUACAUGCCAAUCCUCUCGGCUGCGGUUUGGGACAACACCGGUGCUCCGUACGAUGUAAGCAAGAUUUUAACCCAAGACUUUCUGUUCGACGAGCAGGCAUACAAGCAAUACAGCCGGGUAUUCUUACCUAUCACGUAUGUGCUCAGCUACGCACUACAGUUCGCAGCCCUCACGGCGCUGCUCUCGCACACGGCCCUCUGGCAUGGCAAAGACAUCUGGAGGCAAUGGAGCCGUUCGUGGGCGGAGAUACGGAAAGCACCUGCACCUGAUUACGAACCACUCAACAAUCUACCCGAUGGCAAUAGACGCACUCCAUCUCCCAAUCUCCAUCGCCAUCGGAAUAGCACGACGUCGGAGCCUGAUAUGGAGGAUCUAAUGGAGGCCGAGGAUGUCCACAACCGACUCAUGCGCAGAUACCCUGAUGCACCAAUGACCUGGUACUUGCUCACGGGAGUAAGUAUGGCAGCUGUCGGCAUGUACGUCGUCGAGUACUAUCCAGUCCAUCUCCCUUGGUACGGGCUCCUAUUGGCUCUAGGUAUCGGCGGACUUCUCUUCAUCCCGAUUGGCAUCGUCAUGGCCAUCACAAACCAGCAGAGCAGUAUCUACCUCAUCUGUCAAUUGAUCUGCGGCGGCGUAUUUCCUGGUCGUCCGGUCGCCAACAUGGUCUUCACAACCUUUGGCUACAUCUCCUCCACCCAGGGUCUCAAGUUCGCGUCUGAUCUGAAGCUCGGUCACUACAUGAAAAUCCCUCCUAGGCUUCUGUUCAGGCUCCAGCUCACAGUCACCAUCGUAUCAAGUCUGACUCAGAUCGGCGUUCUGAACUGGAUGCUGAACUACAUUCCAGGCAUCUGCACCACAGAGGCUAUCAACGGCUUUAAUUGCCCCAUUGCUCGAGUCCACUUCAACGGCAGUAUCCUUUGGGGUGUCGUAGGACCGAAGCGCUUCUUUGGCCCCGGCGCUCUCUACCGACCCCUCGUCUGGGCCUUUCUCAUUGGUGCCGUAUCACCAAUCAUCUUGUGGUACUUCGCGCGCAAUAACCGCAAGUCUAUUCUCCGCAAGGUCAAUCUCGCGGUCGUCUUUGGUAGCUUGAGUUGGAUCCCACCCGCCACGGGCCUGAACUUCUCGGUCUGGGCCAUCGUGUGCUACAUUUUCAACUACGAGAUCCGCAACCGUAGGAAGAAUUGGUGGAGGAAGUACAACAUGAUGCUCAGCGCUGCCCUCGACUCCGGCCUCGCGUUCGGUGUCGUGGUCAUCUUCUUCGGAAUUGUGUUCCCCGGGUGGAUGAAGAACUUCAAGUGGUGGGGCACCGAGGUGUACAAGCAGGGCUGCGAUUACACAGCGUGUUCGUACCGCGACGUGCCGCAAGGAGGCAUUUUUGGACCGAAAGACUGGUAGAUUUCGAUUUUGCAUCGCGCUGCUAGUUUUGCAUAUGCAUGGGCAAGGCGUUUUGUUGUGAUAGACAUCCAACAGCGGAGUUCGGUUUUGAAUACAAUUUAGUGAUAACUAGAAGAGAGGCAGAUACACGUGCACAAGUACCCUUCACCGGGUUCUACAGAUAGACCUCACUCUACUGCGGCAAGUCCCUAUUGUUGUGGUUGUGGAAGGGAAUGAUUCGGAGAGGGGAUUCCAGCUUCCUCAAGCGGUACGCUUUCUGCGCGC